AUGGUGAAUUAUGAUGAUAUUACGCAAACAUUAUUAAUUAAUAAAAUAAAAAUAAAGUAUGAUUCAAAAAGUGAGUGGAAUAAAUAUUUAAAAUAUAGUUUAAGGAAUCCGCAUUCUUUUAUAUAUCCGGAUAUUUCUUCAAGGAUUAAUAACUUGAAUAAUAAAGAUUUGGAGUGUUUGAACUCGAGCAUUUUAUCCGAGGGUUAUAAAUUAAAUAAUAUCGAGAGGAUAAACAAUGAUUACACCGAAAUUGAUGGUGAAAAAUAUAUUUUAGAAAUUGAAAAAGAAGAAGAGAAGAAUUUAAAUAAAGACAAUGAAUUGUUAUUAAGAAAAAUCGUUUGUUUAUUUAAAGAGUGCAUGUACUAUUUUAUGAGUUUCAAUGAGAAAGAUGGGCAAUUCACAGACAAUUCAAAAAAUACUUGUUAUAAGAGAGAUAUAACACAUAAUAGUGAUUAUGAACUUUUUAAAAGUUUAAAUGAUUGUAUUAUUCAAUUACAUGAUUCAAAAAAAAAUAAAAAUCAAGCUGUUAUAAUGACAAAUGAAUUUUGUGGUAUUUUUACACCUCAUUAUAUAAAACUAACAAAAUAUACUGAUACAUUUUUAAAUGUAUUAAAAGAACAUAAUAUAAAAUAUGUAGAUUUAUUUCAUGACGAAAUUAAAAAUAAUGAAUUAUAUAAAAAAAAAAAAGAACAUUUUGAUAAAUUAAAAAAUUCGUCUUUUAUGCCUUUGACGAAAGGAGAAAUUUCGCUAGCCAAUAAAAAAAAAAAAAAAAUCCACACAAAAAGUAAUAAUAAUAAUAAUAAUAAUAAUAGUAGUAAUAAUAGUAAUAAUAAUAAUGAUAUAAAAAAAGAUACUUUACUUAAAAAUAAAACAGAGGAAGAUAAUGCAAAAAGGUUAGAUAAAAAAAAAAAAGAAAAAAAUGAAACAUUUAAUAUGGACAGUAAGAAUAAUUUGAAAAAAGGGAAUGAUGAUAAUUGUGAUGUAUUAAUAAAUGAAAAUAAUCAACAAAUUCAUGAUAUUAAACCAAUUCAUGAUAUUAAACCAAUUCAUGAUAUUAAACCAAUUCAUGAUAAUAACUAUAAUAACAAUUCAAAAUUAGAAGAGUGCAAUAUGGAUACCACUCACAGUUGUAAUGAUAUCAGUGAAGAAGAAUAUUCUGAUGUAGAGACUAGCCAAAGUGGUGAUGAUAGUGACAAAAAUGUAAAUACCAUUAUUUUAAAUAAAAAGACAAAAAAGAAAAAGAAAAAAAAGAAGAAUGAGGACGAACAAGAUGAUAAUUUUUACGAUGAUAAGAAUGAAAAUAAUAAUGGAUUAAAAAAUAAUGAUAAUAUAAAUAUAUGUGAAGAAAUACCAAAUAAUAAAAAAUCACAUAAAUACACAAAUAAUUAUGAUAAUGGUAGCAAGUUAAAGAGAAGAAAGAAAAAUAAAAAAGAAAAAAAUGAAGAAGAUAUAAAAACUGAAUGUACUAAUUUAUGUCUGGUUCAAAAAGAUGAAGAAUAUGUAGGAAUGUCUAUAUAUCAAAAUGAAGAUAUUUGUAAUUAUUUAAAUAUAAAGAAUGAAUAUGAUAAAAAUGAUAUAAAUGAAAAUAUUAAUAUGAAUGCUAAAAUAUUUAAUAUGUUAAAUAAGAAAAUAGAUUCAGAUGAAUAUAUUUAUAAAGAAAUGAAGAAUGAUUUUAUGAAGAAAAUGAAUUUACCUAAUAAUUAUAAUUAUGAAGUUAAUGUACUAGAAAUAAAUGAGAGUGAUAUAAAAAAAUUUUAUAGAUGUAUUGUAAAAUAUAUUAAUAAAAAAAAAGAACAUAUGAAAAUAUAUUAUAUCAUAAGUAAUUUUGUAUUUUUCUAUUCUAAAAUGCAUAAAAAUAAUAUAAAUUUUGAUGAUAAUAUUCAUAAAGAUAUAAAUAAAAAUUUUGAUUAUAAAAGUAUUAUUAUACAAGGUAAUAUGUUACCUUAUAAUUUCUUUCUUUUCUUAAAAGCUUUAUAUUUAAUGAGUACAUAUGACAUGAUAAAAAAUUUCUAUAUAACAUUAGAAUAUGAUGAAAGAAAAAAUAAAUGUUUGCAUUUUCUAAAUAUUACAGAAAAUAAAUUUUAUGAAAAUUUUAAAAAAUUUGAAUCCAAUAUUAAAUCAUCUUUUUCUUAUAUACAUAAAUUUUUAUAUAAUAUGAUACCUGUAUAUAAAUACACUAUAUUAAAUGGAAAUGUAUAUAAAGACAUAGAAACAUUCUCUCAAGAUAAUGUUUAUGAAAAUGUUUUUCAAUUAACUUAUCAUGAAAACAACCUACAAACUGAUAAGAAAGAUAUGAUGUUGCUUUUAUAUGAUGAGAAGGAUGAUAGAGAUAAUUAUCAUGAGAAAAAAGAUAUUUAUAAAACGGAAACUUUGAAAGGUAUAAAUGAUAAGGCUAAUGAUAGUGGUCUAAAUCAUAAAACAAGUGACAAACAUAUUAAUAUUAAUAAUAUUAAUAAUAAUAAUAAUAAUAAUAUUAAUAAUAAUAAUAAUAAUACACAUGCUGUAGAUGGUCCAUAUCAAACAUGCCCAUCAAGUUAUAUCAUUUACGAUUCAAACAAUCUACAUAAGAUGGUAAUAUCUAAUGUAAAAAAUAAUUGUAGAAUUAUUGAUGAUAAAGAACUUCCAAUACUUCUAAAAGAUCUAAAUGAUCAUAAUGAUAAUUUUACAAAAAUUUUAUUAAAAGAAAAUCGAUUAUUAUUUCUUUUAGAUUUUUAUGAAAAGAAUUCAAAUUGUAAUACUAUUAUAUUUAAUUCUAUUUUUUUUGAUACGUUCAUAUCUCUUAUAUUUAUAUAUUAUCUAAAUAAUUAUGUGAAACCAAAUAAAAAGGAUAACUUAAAAAAUAUCCCAUUAUUUAAACCUUCUUAUUUUCAUAUGUUUAUAACACAAAUUUUAAAAAACAAAAACGAAAAGAAAUUAAAAAAAAAUAAAAGAAAAUCAAUCGAACAAGAACAUACAGUUGAUAAGUUAUGUAAUAACUUUUUUAAAAACUCAUUAAAUAAUAUAUUGAAUUAUAAAAAAGGAUCUAAAAAUAUAGCUUCACAACCACUAGAUAUAUCAUAUAAUAAUAAGGACGACGGCGUGCAACAAGGGCAGACUUCUAAUCAUGCAUUAUUGAAUGAUUCAGAAAAAGCAUUUGUAAAUAAUAAUAUUGAUGAAGUAAAUAAAAAAAAUAAUAAUAAUAAUACUACACAUAGUAAUAAUAAUAAUAUUAAUACUACACAUAAUAAUGAAAGCAAUCAAAAAAAUAAUGAGAGUGAAGACCAUUGUAAGGAAAACAAUAAUUUGCCAACACCAAUUAAUACACAUCAAAAGAAUAAUAUUGAAGAUGAAAAUAAUAAUUUACAUGUUGUAGAGAAUCAUAUUAUUAUUAACGAAACAUUUGUUGUAAAAAAUGAAUAUGAAAAUAUAAUUAUAUGUAUAUUCGUUUUUAUUAAUAGCAACAAUUCUAAUUCUUAUAGUGAAGAAGAAAAAGAGAUACGUGAACUUAUUUUAUAUGUUUUAAAAAAUAAAGAAAAAUAUAAUACAUAUAAUAAAAUAAAAUAUAUUUUUAAAUAUAGAAAUAAUAUAAAUGAUGCAAUUACAUUAAGUGAAAUCGAAAUAAGGAAAUAUGAAUAUAUUAAAAUUUUUAUUAUUGGAUUAGUAUUAAAUAAUGAUAUAUCAAAUAAUAUUCUACAAAUAGAUAUAAACAAUUUAUAUAAUUUAAAAGAUAUUUUACAUCAAAAAUAUCCUACUAAAAAUUUUGAUAUCGAAACAAAAUUAUUUACAUUUUAUUGGAUAUAUCAAGUGUAUGUAUAUGGUUCUAUAUUCUUGAACGAUAAAGAAAUUCCACAUGCCAUCAAAAAAAUAAAUGAUGUCUAUAAAUUGCCAUACACUCUCCAGCUUAAAAGUCACGUCCUGUGGGGGUACUAUCUUUAUAUAAUACAAGAUACUGUUGAAAGUAGAUAUUCAGAAGAUAGAAUUUCAAGAUUGAAAGAACAAGGCAUACAUGUUCGAUUAUGUAAAGAAAAUUUUGAAGGACAAAUUAUAGAAGAUGAUAUUAAUGAUAUUUUACAUAUGCAUGAUUUAGAUAUAAACGAUAUAAAAUAUAUGGAUAAACAUAUUUUUAUGAAUAUUAUAUUUUUAAUUGAAAAUGGACACCUUACAUAUUUUACAUUUAUAAAUACUGAUAAUAUACAUAUUACACAAAGAAAUAAUUAUUUAUCUAUCCAAAUUUUUAAAUCCAAAAUAUCCUUUCCGUCAUUUAAUUUAAAUACACCCAUAUUAAAUGAUUCAUGGCUUGAAGAUGUUUUGUCAAAACAAACAUUAUUACCUUUUAAUGAUUAUUUUUAUAAAUUCUAA